CUGUCCUCUGUCAUCAUUACCACAUCUUCCUGUCCCAUUUGUAGCAAACACUUAGCAAGCUAGCUUUGUUAUAAUGUUCCUCUGCUCAAUCCGCUCAAAGUACACUUUGAGGUAGGUUAGCCUUUAUGAAAAAUACUAUUCUUGUGUUUUAAUAUACUGCGAUUCACUGUGUGGGAUAGGCUCCGCCCAUCCGCGGAGGUAAACAAAGUAUAUCUUCGUCAUCUAACGUGAUCGAGCUGCCAUCAUCAACCUGCCCCGAGACGAGUCGUCCCCUGUAAAUGGAAAUAACUAUAAUUUCACCAUGAAUUGCCGCUCAGAAGUUCUUGAGGUGACGGUGGAGGCGAGGCAGGUGGAGGAGGCUAUGCUGUCCUUGCUGCACACCAUUUUACUGCAUCGCAGCACCGGGAAGUUUCACUACAAAAAGGAGGGCACCUACUCCAUCGGUACCGUGGGCACACUGGACAUCGACUGUGACUUCAUCGAUUUCACCUUUGUCAGGGUGUCUUCAGAGGAGCUGGACAGGGUGAUCAGGAAAGCUGUGUCUGAAUUCAAGGAUGCUUUGAGCAACUCCGGCAGUGACGGCAUGGGGCAAAUCUCCCUGGAGUUCUACCAGAAGAAGAAGUCUCGCUGGCCUUUUUCCGACGAGUGCAUUCCCUGGGAAGUGUGGAGCAUCAAGGUCAACGUUGUCAACCUGGCUAACGAGCAGGAGAGACAGAUCUGCAGGGAGAAAGUGGGCGAGAAGCUGGGCGAGAAGGUGAUCAAUGUUGUAGAGGUCAUAAACCGCCACGAAUACCUGCCCAAGAUGCCCACCCAGUCUGAAGUGGACAAUGUCUUCGACACCAGUCUUAAAGACGUCCAGCCCUACCUUUACAAAAUCACAUACCAGAUCACAGACUCUCUGGGCACCUCUGUAAGCACAACAAUGAGAAGGCUGAUUAAAGACACCCUGGCACUGUGAGGAGACAGAGAGAAGAAAGAUCUGGAUGAUUGUAUCUUUCAGUGUAUCUAUAGUCAUGCCUGGCGACUCUUUUUUUAUAAUCAAAAACACGAUUAAACAGCUCUACUACAGUGAAGCAGUGUCCGCACCGAAUCAGUCACCUUUCUGAUGUCUCUGCUGUGGUGUCAGUAUUGCCUGUACCUUUAAAAAUCUUGAUUAUGUAAUGUCAAUUUAAAAGAUAUUUUGUUUUUGCAAGUUUUCUUUUACCAAGUGAUCUUCACCUUCCGAUAUUUAGAAAUGUAACUAACUAAUAACACUAUAUAUCAGUUAUAUUCUUUCGAAAUUUGUGUUGCUGACAAUGUAAAAUCUGUAAGUUAUUGUUGAACUUUGACAAUAAAUGUUGUUCAUUGUAA